UGGGCCAUGAUAGGGAGAAGUCGUAUCCUCGCUGGGAGCGCUGGGCUCCGCGCCGGAAGCGCCGGGCUCGGCGCCGUACUUGCGCGGCCGCUGCUCUCGCGAGGCGCGCAUGGGGCCUCCACGAGCGGCAUCGGCGCUGCGGCCGGCCUGCUGCGCUCCAGAGCAGCGGCGGAUCCGGAGGCGUGGGCGGGCGGACCUGGCGGCCUGCGGUCGCAGGCCGCACGGCAGCUGUCGGUCUCGGCGACGCAGCUGCGCUCGCUGCGCGCGCUGGAGGAGGAGGCGAACCGCUUCCCCGACGACGCGCACCGGCAGCAGCGGCUGAUGGAGGCGUGCAACGCGCAGAAGCAGCCGCACGUCGCGGUGCGGCGGUUCGAGUGCGGGGCGUAUGCGGCGGACGAGGCGGUGGCCAAGGAGUACAUCCGCGCGCUCGCCCUCUCCAACCAGCUCGCCCGCCUCUCGCUGCCGCAGCUCAUCGCGUCGCUUGACGCGAGCGGUGCGCUGGCGCGCGACGAGUCAGCGCGCUACGCGGCGGGCGGGGUGGGAGGCGGCGGCGGCGGCGGGCUGGGGGCGGGUGCGUCGCGCGGGACGCCCGAGACGCCGUUGCAUAUCCAGUGGCACGAGUCGCCGCGCGCGCAGUUUUGGAAGCUCCUUCGCUCUCUCGCGCUGACGGGCGCGCUCGUGUUUGCCGCGUACACGCUGCUGGGCGAGCAGGCGCGCGGGCUGCCUCGUGGGCUCGGCUUCUCAACGGAGGUCCAGCCGGUGCACGGCUCUGCGAAGCGGUUCAGCGACGUGUGCGGCGCCGAGGAGGCGAUCGCCGACCUGAAGGACAUCGUCGAGUACCUGCGAAACCCGAAACGCUUCACGCGGCUCGGAGGCAAGCUGCCCAAGGGCGUCCUUCUCACCGGACCGCCCGGCACGGGCAAGACGCUGCUCGCGCGCGCGGUGGCGGGCGAGGCGGGCGUGCCCUUCUUCUACAUGUCGGGCUCCGAGUUUGAGGAGGUCUUUGUCGGCGUCGGCGCCAAGCGCGCGGCGAAGAAGCGCUCGCCCUGCAUCAUCUUCAUCGACGAGAUCGACGCGAUCGGGUCGCACCGCAACCCAAAGGAGCAACAGGCGAGAGCGAUGAAGAUGACUCUCAACCAGCUGCUGGUCGAGAUGGACGGCUUCACGCAAAACACGGGCGUCAUCGUCCUCGCCGCCACCAACUUCCCAGAGGCGCUCGACCGCGCGCUCGUGCGGCCGGGCCGCUUCGACACCAACGUCGCCGCGCCGCUGCCCGACGUCGUCGUGCCGCUGCCCGACGUGGGAGGCCGGCGGGCGGUCCUCGAGCUGUACACGAAGCCGGUGCCGCUCGAUCCCGACGUCGAGAUCGAGGUAAUCGCGCGCGCGACGCCCGGUUUCUCGGGCGCGGACCUGUCCAACCUGGUCAACGUGGCGGCGCUGCACGCGUCGCAUCUGGAGAAGAAGCGGGUCGGGAUGGCGGACCUCGAGUAUGCGUGCGACAAGAUCCGGAUGGGCGCCGAGCGAAAGUCCGCCGGAGGGCACGCCCUCGUGGCGCUGCACACGGCGGGCUCUCAGCCCAUCCACAAGGCGACCAUCGUGCCGCGCGGCAACGCGCUCGGGAUGGUCUCGUACCUGCCCGAAAAGGACCAGCUCAACCUGUCGCGCGAGCAGAUGCUCGCGCACCUCGACAUCUGCAUGGGCGGCCGCGUGGCGGAGGAGCUCAUCUUCGGCAAGGAGAACGUCACCACGGGCGCCUCCUCCGACCUCGCGCAGGCGACGUCCACCGCGCGCAACAUGAUCAUCAAGUACGGCAUGUCGGACGCGCUCGGACCAGUCUACCACGGCGACGGCGAUCUCUCUCGGCUCUCCUCCGCCGGCCGCGAGGCGGUCGAGGCGGAGGUGAAGCGGCUCUGCACUGCCGCGGACGCGAACGCGCGGCGCAUCCUCACCGACCACGCCGACCAGCUGCACCGGCUAGCAGACGGCCUCCUCGAGUUCGAGACGCUCUCGCCGGACGACAUCCGCGCCAUCCUCGCCGGCCGGCCGCCUGCGUUGAGGGGCUGUGUUUUGUGA